AUGAAAGUGGACUCCAACUAUUUAUCAUCCCCCAUCCAGAGCCAAACAGAUAUCAUUUCCGACCCAGAACCAGACUGGUUAGAAAGUCUAGCUAAGGGUGAAAUAUCUAGUGAGAUUGAAACUCAACCUGUUCAAAAUCUCUAUGCUAUUCAUGUCCAGAAUGGCUUGAUUCAGUGCAAUUUCAUAGUACCCCAAAGCUUAUCUGACAGAGAUGGGAGGUGGCGUGUAGGAGCAAUUGCAACCCUGAUUGACACUAUUGGUGCUUGUGCUGCACAUACUACACAUGGAAAUAUCAAUGUUUCUGUUGAUUUCAACAUUUCUUACUUCUCCACUGCAAAAGUUCAGGAUGAAGUAGAGAUUGAGGCUAAAGUGAUGGGGAAUAAGGGAAAUCUUUCUUCAGUGAUGAUGGUGAUUAAAAAGAAAGAAAAUGGUGAUUUGGUAGCUAUAGGGAAACAAUGGAUGUCUGUAUAUGAUCUCAAUCAUAAAAGUAAAAUGUAA